GCCAGGGAGGGAAGCCGAGGGCCAGUCCAGCACAAAGGAUAUCACCAGGGCUGCUCACCCUCCUGGGGACUGAGAACACAUGACUCACCCCACCUGAGCUCAGACAGGGGUUCCGGGGGAUGCCCCGGGAUCUAGGCAUUACGUGCCCACUGAGCCCAAUGCCCCUGCGCCCCCGCCUGUGGCUCCGCAGGAGCAGCCAGCAUGCCUCUCUCCAAGCACCCGCAGAAGGCGCAGCCCUGGUGGAAGGAGUGGGACCGCAAGGCCCAGAAGAGCGGACUGAGGCACCAGGUGUACGCCACCAACGGCGACUGCUACGUGGGCGAGUGGAAGGACAACCUGAAGCACGGAAAAGGAACACAAAUCUGGAAGAAGAAAGGAGUCAUCUAUGAGGGAGACUGGAAGUUUGGGAAACGAGAUGGCUAUGGCACCCUCAGCGUUCCAGACCCGGAGACAGGAAAGUACGUGAGAGUGUACUCAGGCUGGUGGAAAGGCGAUAAGAAAUCGGGUUAUGGGGUCCAGUUUUUUGGGGCGAAGGAGUAUUACGAGGGUGAGUGGUGCGGCAACCAGCGCAGUGGAUGGGGCCGCAUGUACUACAGCAACGGGGACAUCUUCGAAGGCCAGUGGCUGAACGACAAGCCAGACGGGGCGGGCAUGUUGCGUCAGAGUGAGUCCCCGCCCCGCCCCGCCCCGCCCGCCCCGCCCCGCCCACAAGGCCUGCUGACCCCGCCCCCCACCACCCCAGCCCCGCCCCUGGCCACACCCACAUCCCUCCCAGCCCCGCCCCGCAAGGGACCACACCCCGGGCCCCCUGUGUGGCUUAAG